AUGGUUAAUGGUGAGCACAAAUGGCCUGUGUCUAGUGUGGCGUACUUCACAUUAAAAGAGUUUCUUGCAGUGUCUAGUGUGGCGUACUUCACAUUAAAAGAGUUUCUUGCAGUGUCUAGUGUGGCGUACUUCACAUUAAAAGAGUUUCUUGCAGUGUCUAGUGUGGCGUACUUCACAUUAAAAGAGUUUCUUGCAGUGUCUAGUGUGGCGUACUUCACAUUAAAAGAGUUUCUUGCAGUGUCUAGUGUGGCGUACUUCACAUUAAAAGAGUUUCUUGCAGUGUCUAGUGUGGCGUACUUCACAUUAAAAGAGUUUCUUGCAGUGUCUAGUGUGGCGUACUUCACAUUAAAAGAGUUUCUUGCAGUGUCUAGUGUGGCGUACUUCACAUUAAAAGAGUUUCUUGCAGUGUCUAGUGUGGCGUACUUCACAUUAAAAGAGUUUCUUGCAGUGUCUAGUGUGGCGUACUUCACAUUAUGCCUUUGA